AUGGAGAAAAAAUGGACAUACUGUGCAGUCUAUUCCAUUAUCCAGAUACAUUUUAUCAGAGGUAUAUGGGGAAAAACAGUCAAUACAGAAGACAUUUAUGCUCGUCCCGGCUCUGAUGUCAACCUGACCUGCCAAACACGGAAGAUAAGCUUCUUGGUGCAGAUGCAAUGGUCCAAGGUCACCGAUAAGGCGGACCUGAUUGCCCUUUAUCAUCCCCAGCAUGGCUUCUACUGUGCCCACGGCAGUCCUUGUGAAUCACUGGUGGCUUUCACAGAAACUUCCAGGAAUGUGUCAAAAUGGACUCUGCACUUAAGAAAUAUAUCUUCCUCAGUCAGCGGGAAGUACGAGUGUAUCUUUACUCUGUAUCCGGAAGGCAUUCAGACUAAAAUCUACAACCUUCAUGUUCAGACACAUGAUACACAGAAUAAAUGGGGACCCAACCAUACAAUAGAAAUAGAGGUAAAUCAGACUCUGGAAAUACCAUGCUUUCAAAAUAUCUCCUUGGAAAUUGCAUCUGAGUUCACCUUUGCAUGGUUGGUGGAACACAGAAGCACAGACUCUUGGGUCCUUCUUUAUGAGGCUAUAACAAAGGAUAAUGGAACUCAGGAAACACUUUUCACCCAAGAUCACUUGGUCAGCAAUUCCACAUUAUUUAAAGACAGAGUCAAGCUAGGUACAGACUACAGACUCCAUCUCUCUCCAGUCCAAAUCCCUGAUGACGGCCUGAAGUUCUCUUGCGAAAUUGUAGUCCGGCCUGACAAAACCCUGAGGAGCAUCACCAAGGUCAAGGUUUUUGCUAAGCCAGAAAUCUCCAUGAUUGUGGAAAAGAACUUCACAGAUGCCUUGAAAGAGAGAACAUUUACCUGCUCUCUAAAGAAUGUAUUUCCUGAAGCAAAUCUCACAUGGUUUAUAGAUGGAAGGUUUCUUCAAGAUGAAGAAGAAGGAAUAUCCAUUGUUAAUAAAGAGAGUAAAGGCAAACGUGGAUUUUUAGAACUGGAGUCUGUUUUAACAAGGGUGUUAAAUAAACCAGCCCAAUCAAACAACCUGACCAUUUGGUGUAUGGCUCUAUCUCCAGCCCCGGGAAAUAAAGUAUGGAAUAUCUCAUCAGAAAAGAUCACUUUAUCCUUGGGUUCUGCAAAUCCCCCAACAGGCUCUCCAUCGAGUGAUACUGAAUCUACCCUUGUCACCCAACCUUCUCCAGCUAGCAGCGUAUCUCCUACAAGAUAUCCAAUCACAUCUUCAAUGGCCCUUAUAGAUGCAAGUACAUCGAAGCCAAAUGCCACCCCUCAAUCCAGCAUCUCCAGUGUGACCACGCAAGGCUUCAACGUCUCCUGGACCUCCAGUGGGACAGAUGGCAAAAAAUUAAUUUCAUGGAUACCUAAUGAAACGUUCAGUUCAUCCUCCUCAAGUACAAGUUCGACACUUCAUGACGAUGUCUUUACCAGCACAACCAGAGUAUUUUCAGAAGUCCCCACAACUGUCAAUAGAUCUACUAAAAAUAAUCAUGUCCAUAUCACCGGUAUUGUGGUUAAUAAACACAAAGAUGGAACAUCCUGGCCAGUGAUUGUAGCAGCCUUACUCUUUUUCUGUGUGGUAUUGUUUAGUCUUGGGGUGAGAAAAUGGUGUCAAUACCAAAAAGAAAUCAUGGAGAGACCCCCACCUUUCAAGCCACCACCACCUCCCAUCAAGUACACUUGCAUUCAGGAGUCCAGUGGAAGUGAUCUACCUUGUCAUGAGAUGGAGACACUCUAG